AUGGCCCAGUGUGGCAGAAAGGGCCUGGGUGGAGAGAAGGACGUCUUUCUGAGGCACCCAGAGGGGCCAGGGACCAGACUCAUUCCCUCUGGGCCUUCAUCUUUGCCAACCGUCAGGUGUCUGUCUCUAGCCCACAUCUCUCAGGAGCUCCAGGUGUGCAUACCCAUCUGCCCCUCGGACAUCUCCACCUGGAUGUUCACCAGGCAUAGCAAAUUCAACCUGUUCCAAACCAAACUCACCAUCUGCAUACUGCUACCCUCUGACACCGGCAUCUCUCAGGACAACUGGCACAAGCACCGCAACACUGGGGGCUACAGCAAGCCCCACCGCAAGAAGCGAAAUUAUGAGCUGGGACACCCUGCUGCCGGCUCUCAGAUUGGCCCCUGCCACGUGGACACAGUCCACGUGCUAAGAUUGGCCCUGUGGCACACACACACAGUCCACGUACAGGGAGGCAGCAAGAAGUACCAGGCCUUGAGGCAGGACGUGGGAGCUUGGGGCUCAAGGUGUUGCACGCACAAAAUAAGGAUUAUCUCUGUUGUUGGCAACGCAUCCCAUGACAAGCUGGUCUGCACCAAGCCCCUGGUAAAGAACUGCACUGUGCUCAUUGACGGCACUGAGGACAGAAAGUGGUGCAAGUCCCACUGUGCCCUGCCCCUGGGCCGAGAGAAGGGGGCCAAGCUGACUUCUGAGGAGAAAGAAAAUUUAAAGGAGAAACAACCACAGGUGAUAAUUCAGAAGACUGCCAAAAUCAGCAGUUUUCUAGAGGAGCAAUUCCAGUGGAGCAAGCUGCCUGUGCGCAUCACUCCAAGACCAGGCCAGUGCGGCCGAGCAGAUGGCUCUGUGCCGGAGGGCAGGGAGCUGGGGCUGGAGCUGAGGAAAAUCAAGACCCAGAACAGCAAAUGA